UAUACCCUGGCCAAAUCUCCCUUUUCAGCCAGGGUACAUGCGCAAAAACUGAGGCGGAAGAUCAAGCUGGACGUGGAGAAGUUCACUGGAAAGGAGGAUCCGAAUGUCCACCUUGAUACCUUCCACAAUGCAGCACAGAUGGCCGGGUGCACUGAUGCUGAGGAGUGCCUGCUCUUCUUCUCAUCCUUGAGAGGGAGAUCGGUGGAAUGGUUUAACGGCCUUCCCCAUGGCAGGAUUGGGUCCUUUGAGAAACUUGCCGAGGUUUUCCGCAAGAAGUACCAGGACAACUGCAUAAAGAGAAAGAAGUUCACCUACCUACACACAGUAGGACAAAGGGAGAAGGAGUCCUUGACUCAAUUCUUGACGCGCUGGAGGGAUGAGGUCGAUAAAGUAGAAGAGAUGGACGAUAAGACGGCCGUGUCUUUGCUGAUGAAUGCCUUCCGGUCGGGUGACCUCUACACCGAAUUUUGUAGAAGGCCACCCUCCUCUUAUCAGGAAGCCUAUAAUACAGCAUGGGAGUAUGCCGAGGCGGAGGUCCUGAACAAGAGCAAGCAGGAGCUGGAGGAAGGCUAUACAAAAGUGAAAGCCGAGAAGCCGAAGAAGGAUGACCAGACAGGAGGGUCUAAGACAAGGGCCACAUAUGACGGGUCAGUCCACCAAAUUAGGGAUGAGAGGAAGGGAGAACAACCCAAGCGGCCUUGGACAGAGAAGUGGUGUACCUACCACCAAUCUGACUCCCAUAACACGGCGGACUGCCGAAACGUUAGGGCUAUGCUCAAAGAGAUGAUCUUGAGAGGGGAAUUGGAUGAAGUACUCGGGGCUUGAAAAAGACCCAUAGGCGAGUACUUGAAUCCGCCCACAUGAAUAGGAUCGGGGAAAUCAAAGAGGAUGGACAAAAUGUGGUCAAGAUUACUAAGCU